UUAGGUGCGCACACAUCACCCGCGGGAUCUACUCUCUCUACUCGUGGAGGGCGGCUGCCCUUUUAUUUGGGAGCAACAAAGACAGAAGAAUGCUCUAACCUUGAAUGCUGAAGAGCCCACACGCGUUUCUGAGAUGCCCCUUGUUAUUUUGUGGUUGUAGUUUGCGCAUACAACCAACAAUCAACCAACGUGGCUUCUCCAUUACACUGGCUUGACAAGUUCUUCCAAUAGUACAAAAAUUCACAUAACUGAACGCCAUAAAUUUCGGCAUUUCAGCCCGUUUAAUCGCUCUCUUUCAAUUUCACGCAACAGUGCAUGAUUGAAUUCAGUCUUUGAAGUUUUCAGAGAGCCAAUUCUUGCCGUGUGUAUCCGUGUCGAGGAGAAACCAAAUUCAGGUAUGCAUGUGGAGUUAGAGGCAUACUUGACUCAGCUUCUGUUGCUGUUCUCAAACCAUCACUAUAAUUAAGAUUCAAUUAACUAAUGCUAAUAUCUAGAGCCUUUUCCAGAUUAAUUUCACGGAGGCAAUCCGUGCUGUGGGCAGGCAUUCCGACUCCACUGUGGACUCCCAGCUUUAAAAUGUCCAGUUUGGAGGAGCCUGUCCAAACCAACUGCUUUUCAAACAUACCUGGAGUGGGAAAGCUAUCUCAGUUGUCUUCUGGCAAUGGUAGGGUGAGGUUUGACGAAAGAGAUACAUCACAUGACUUUGCUCGAGAGGAAGACUGCAGCUGCUCAUCUAGGGAUGUGGGAGAGUAUGUCACAGGAGCCAUAUCACGGAGGAGAGAAGUAAACGACAGAUUUGGUUAUGGUUCAUCUCACACAAGGUUCUCGUCCCCUAGGAGAUGUAACUUUUUGUCAAGUGGCAAACAUGAACCUUGGAUUUCACAAGAGCGCUACUGUAGCGUGUUAAGCGAGAAUACAGAGAUAAAGCAGCUUACUGAAAAGCUGUUAAAGGGUAUACCCAAGUUUGUGAAGGUAGUUGAAGUUGGACCAAGAGAUGGAUUGCAGAAUGAGAAGAACACAGUUCCAACAAAUGUUAAGAUUGAACUGAUUGAGAGGUUGGCUUCUUCUGGGCUCCAAGUUGUAGAGGCUACCAGUUUUGUUUCGCCAAAAUGGGUACCACAGUUGGCAGAUGCAAAGGAUGUCAUGAAUGGUGUCAAAUCAGUUCUGGGUUCACGACUUCCUGUAUUAACACCAAAUUUAAAGGGUUUUUAUGCAGCUAUUGAGGCUGGGGCAAAAGAAGUAGCUGUGUUUGCAUCUGCUUCGGAGUCUUUCUCAAAAUCAAACAUUAAUUGUACCAUUGAAGAAAGUCUCUCACGUUAUAGAGAAGUCACAGAUGCUGCAAAAGGACUGUCAGUACCUGUACGGGGGUAUGUAUCUUGUGUUGUCGGUUGUCCUGUUGAAGGACCUAUCUCUCCAUCAAAAGUAGCAUAUGUUUCAAAGGAGCUCUAUGCUAUGGGAUGUUAUGAGAUCUCUCUUGGUGAUACCAUAGGCGUCGGUACUCCUGGUACUGUCAUUCCGAUGCUUGAAGCUGUUAUGAGCGUUGUACCCAUAGAAAAGAUUGCUGUUCAUUUCCACGAUACCUAUGGACAAGCACUUGCAAAUAUACUAGUGUCUCUACAGAUGGGAAUAAGUGUCGUUGACUCGUCAAUAUCUGGACUUGGAGGAUGCCCAUAUGCCAAAGGUGCUACUGGUAAUGUAGCAACUGAGGAUGUUGUCUAUUUACUAAAUGGGCUUGGUGUGAAGACAAAUGUUCAUCUUGGUAAGCUGCUUUCAGCAGCAGAUUUUAUUUGCAAACAUUUGGGCCGCCAGUCUGGAUCAAAAACAGGAAUAGCGAUGAGCAAAGGAAUGAGAGAUCAUUCAAAGAUGUAAUUUGUUACAUAGCUUAUAUACAAAAGAUGGGGAUUUUAUAACUUAUAAACUUUCCCCAUUCUUUUGGUUGAUUAUGGAUUCGUUAUUAGCAUAAAACUUGAAUGCACAUUCUUCAAUUUCAUAAGAAGAGGGACACAUGGCAUCUCUGUAUGCAAAAGCACAGAUGUUUUGGGACCAUUAUGGAAUCCCGUGUCCUUUUUUUUGAUGUCAGCGUUGUAUUGAUUCAAUAAUCUUCCUAUUUUUCUCCUGAGAGAUUAUGCAUGGAACUUGAUCAACAAAAUAAGCAAGCCUAUGAUAUAUUAAAAUCAGCUUUAUUGAAAAAUAACCUACUGGGGUUGUGUGUUUUU